CCCCUCUGCCCUUUUGUUGAAACUUGGUUAUUUCAGAUAUUCAUAAUAUCUGGGGUUAUGUACAUACACUUAAACCUGAGGGGAAAUGUAUUGUUUUAUGCCAUCUCUUUUUAUAGCAAUGAAAAAUUCCACUGGCAAACUGGCCGUGUGAUACGAGCAAGUGGAUGUAAACAUACGCAAACACUUAACACCGGCAGCGUAAUGCUCUUUAUUUGAAUACGAGGCAUCUGCAUUACAUAACUUCUUUGCUUAAUCCAAACAAGGCGGGGCUGAACUUAUGCCCUCAAAUUGUUGAGAGUCUGAGAAUCUAUGAUCUGUGUGCUGAACUCUCACAGAAUUCUGUCACAGAAUUUAUAGCUUUAGGUUUUCUCAGCUGUGAAGUUUGGAUCGGUGUAGAGAUGGGAGACCCCUCCUUAACUCGUGACUGCCCAAUAGAUUGUAAGGUCUAUGUAGGCAAUUUGGGCAACAGUGGUAACAAGAAUGAGUUGGAGAGAGCGUUUGGUUACUACGGCCCUCUGAGGAGCGUAUGGGUGGCCAGAAAUCCUCCUGGCUUUGCUUUCGUGGAGUUUGAGGAUCCCAGAGAUGCAGCUGAUGCUGUGAGGGAGCUGGACGGAAGGACAGUUUGUGGUUGUCGAGUGCGAGUUGAAAUGUCUAGUGGUGAAAAACGGUCAAGGUAUCGUGGACCACCCCCUUCCUGGAGUCGCCGCCCACGUGAUGAUUAUAGACGCCGCAGCCCACCCCCAAGACGCCGAUCUCCCAGGAGGCAGAGCUUCAGCCGUAGUCGGAGCAGGUCCCCUUCCAGAGAGAAGAGAAGAGAGAGGUCUUUAUCUCGUGAAAGAAUCUAUAAACCUGCAAGGUCUUUCUCAAGAUCACGCAGUCGUUCAAGAUCAAAUGGCCGGAAGUGAGAGAUGGUCAUGGUCAGCUUUGUUAGAGAAAACCUGCCUGUGUGUGCCCCUUUUCAACAGACCAGGACGAUGGGAAAGAAUGAUGGAUGUACCCCCCCCCCCCCCACCCAUUUGCCUCAAGUCUUUUUAAAGUCAUUUCCCCAUAGUAUUCUGAGUAUCCUUUUUACCUAAAAUAUCUGUGCUUAAUGGGCUUCCUGCUGCCAAAAUGCCGGGACUCUUAUUUUAUGAUCUGUGGGCAGUAAAGCUCUGAAUGAAAUUACUCAUACGUGACUUUGAUGGUGAUCGGUUAAAACAAUUUUUGUAUACUUUUUGUUUGUACUUCCAUUAAAAAGUUCCUUGCUAAUUUCACUGUAUGUUUCAUUUUUUAUUUUCUCUACAAUGCACACAGAUUAGAUGUUCAGAUGUUACUUUCAUUAAAAAAAAAAUGCCCUGCUAAUUUCACUGUGUGGCUUUUUUGUCCAGAAGUUAAAAAAGGGGAAUAAUAUGAAGCUUUUUGUGGUUUGUUUUUUUGCAUCAUAUAGUAAAGAUCAUUUUAAUGCAAAUGUUUUCACUGGAAAAAAAUAAAAAAUCUACAACUUAAAGCUAAA